GAUAAAAUAAAGCAUAAAGGCGUUAUCGAAAUUGUUGUACUUAACGUUGAAGUUCUUAAAAUAAAUUCUUUCGUAUGUAAAUAUAUAGCAAAAAAAAGGAAACAUCUCUUCCAUAAGGAAAUUUUCUUUUGCUCUGCCUUUUUUUUCCCCUGCUUUGAGGUUUCAACUGAUCAAAACAUCAUCUUUGUCUCGUCAACAUGAACGACUUACUUACGGAUUCAUUUGUUGGGGAUGCCCGAGGCCAUGGUGAUAUCGAAAUGGGAAGACAGGUUCCUGGAAGUAACUCCGACAUGGGAAUGGAAGCUUUUAAUAAGCAGAUACAAGAGGUUGAGAAACUGGUGGAAAAGCUCUCUGAGUUACUUAGGAAACUCAAGGAUGCUAAUGAGGAAUCAAAGUCUGUUACAAAGGCAUCUGCUAUGAAAGCUAUCAAGAAGCGAAUGGAGAAAGAUAUUGACGAGGUUGGAAAGAUAGCACGUAAUGUCAAAGCAAGAUUAGAAGCAAUCAACAAAGAUAACUUAGCCAAUCGGCAGAAACCUGGAUGUGAGAAGGGAACAAGCAUUGACAGAUCCAGGAUGAAUGUUACAAAUGCUGUGGCAACAAAAUUCAAGGAUUUGAUGAUAGAGUUUCAGACUCUCAGACAAAAGAUCCAGGACGAGUAUCGUGAGGUUGUCGAAAGAAGGGUCAUUACAGUUACUGGGACCAGACCAGAUGAAGAAACAAUUGACCGCCUCAUUGAAACUGGAAAUAGUGAGCAAAUUUUCCAAAAGGCAAUUCAAGAACAGGGUCGAGGACAGAUACUAAAUACAGUGGAGGAAAUCCAAGAAAGGCAUGAUGCUGUGAUUGAGAUUGAGAAAAAGCUUCUUGAUUUACAACAGAUUUACCUCGACAUGGCAGUUCUUGUUGAAGCCCAGGGAGAAAUUUUAGAUAACAUUGAAAGUCAGGUUACAAAUGCAGUGGACAAUGUGCAAUCAGGCACAGAUGCUCUCCGAACUGCAAAGAGCUUGCAGAAAAAGUCAAGAAAAUGCAUGAUGAUCUCCAUAAUCUUGCUCCUUAUUAUUGCAAUCAUCAUUGUGCUCUCUAUUUUGAAACCAUGGAAGAAAUGAACAAAGGAAGGUUGAUUCCAUCACUCCCAUCCUUUCUCCCGCAUAGGUAGUGACUUGGAUAGCAACUAUAACAGGUUCUGAUGAAUUUUUUCUUCUCUUUGUUCACCUUUUGCAUACUGUGUUUCAAAAACUACUUAGAAAUACUCUACUGUUACAAACUUACAAGAGGAUUUACCUUCAAUUUUUAUCACUAUUUUCUGCUCUAAGGUAGCCUAAUCUGCUACUCCCUUAAUCCUUGUUAAAACCACCCAAGUACUUAAAACAGAUGGCACCUUCCAAUGUCAUAUCCUUACUACAAUCAUU